ACUAAGGUUGCCUCUCACCCACACCCAUUCUCUACCAAUAUGACCAUAGUCUCAAAUGAUCCCGCUUGGUGGUCAGCCAUCAAUGGAUAUCGUUUGGUCAGCUAUUUUGAAGUCGCCGCCUUUGUUACAGUGAUGUAUGAUUGGGCACUUACAUUUGGACAAGAGGUGGAGCUCAUCUGGAGGCAACGAUGGUCCCUAAUGACAGUUCUGUAUCUCGGUGCGCGUUACCUUGGACUCUUAUACGCUGCGGUGAACACGCUGAUCGAUGUUCCGACCAUCUCACUGACAGAUACAAAAAUCCUGCUAUUUCUCACUGUCACCUUUCUGGCUGUCAACACUUUCGAUGCAGUGGUCGCCGUAAUGACAACGAUGUAUACUUCAGGGGAGGAACUCAUUCUCUCUGGCACUUAUCAGUGCCGGAUUGACUAUGCGGAAGAUACCUUGUUUCUAUAUCUUCUUACUUGGAUACUUGCCACCAUGUGGGAGGUUCUCGCACUAUGUCUCGCAGUCUGGAUUGUGGUAAAACACUUCCAUGAACUGCGACAACAUUCGGCAGGAGGCAUUAUCGAGAACUGUUUCAUGGUGUUGAUAAAAACUCAUGUAGUUUACUUUGUGAGCUUUGUUACUGUUUCUUGCUUCUAUUUCAUUCUUGCGUUCUCUCCAAUCUUUACGGACAAUCUUCUGGAUGCUGAGAUUAUUUCUGGGUAUGUUCAGAUUUUGGAGGUCGUGCAGAUGUUUGUGUUGGGACCGCGCCUGAUCCUUUGCAUUCGGGCAUACUACGCCAAGCUCGUUGCCGAUUCCGACGCAGCAACUGUUACGACCUCAAUCGCUUUCCAGGAGCGCAUGCAUAUAUUGACUAUCAGUGGUGUGUGA